UAGUGAUCACAAGCGUAGAAUUAAGAUUAUUUGGACCGUUAUUUUCCAUCCUAUGGCGACUUUUCACCGACCACCAUCUCUGUGUUAUAUUGAAGAAGCUUAUCAACACGAACGAAGUGCUAAGAAAUUUGAACAUUGAAGUUACGAUUAACGUCACGGAUUUACGGACAUUCUUGGUCGGCUUCACGAUACACUUCAUAAUUUACAUCGUAUCAUUGAGUGGGUAUUUUCGGGUAACCCCGGACUAUAGCUUUUUGAGUUGGGGCAUGUGGUCGCUUGGUUUUUUGUUUAACCGUUUCUUGUUCUACGAGUACAUCGCGCUAGUGACGUGUGUACAGAUAAUGGUGAGCAAGAUGAACGAUGAACUGUCCAAGGGAUCGGUACCCAUCGGCGAACUGGGAGCGCUGCACACGGUCGUCUUGGACGAUCUGGAGUACAUGAACCGGUUCAUUCUCGGGUUGCCCAUGAUAGUCAACGUCAUCGCGAACAACAUGUCGACCGUAAUCUACUUGCUGUAUCACUACGUGAUUUUCAAGGGCUUGUUCAUCGCGUCGGAGGUGAACCUGUUCGUCCCGGUCUUUGACGUGGCACUCAAGCUGUUCGACAUGGUCCUGUUGUUCUCGUUCUGCAGGGCUGUCGAGAUAGAGGUAAACCGGACGACUUUGGUCUUACAACAACGGUUAAUAAUGGAAACGGAUCAGAAAGUUCGCCGAAAGAUAGCAUUUUUUUCGUUGCGAAGAUUGCACGCAGACUUUCAUUUCACGCUGUGCGGAUUUUACAAAAUUAACUACAGGCAACUAUUAUUGUUAUUAUCUAAGGUGAUAACGUUUCUCGUUAUACAAAUUCAAUUUAAAAGACACCGUUACUCUGAAGCAUCCGAAUAA